AUGGCCAAAAUGUCACCGUUGUUGACGCUCAUCGUCAUGCUCCUAUCUUCCAUCAUGAUGAUCCACAACCUUCCAGUGGCAAGCUCCACACAAUGGUGCGUAGCAGCUCCGACGUCGACGGAGAAGCAGCUAGAAGAUAAUCUCAAUUUUGCGUGCAGUAAUGGAGUUGAUUGUAGACCAAUCUUGGCACAUGGAGCCUGUUUUAAUCCCAACACUCCGUUAAGCCAUGCUUCAUAUGUGAUGAACGCUUAUUACCAAACCCAUGACCGUACCGACCAAGCAUGCAAAUUCUUUUUCCCAAACAGCGGCACUUUCACUACCACAAACCCUAGUUAUGGUGCUUGUGUCUAUGCAUCUUCUUAG